AUGGCAAUCAUCGCCCGAACCGAAAACUUUUCAGUCAAAGUUGAGCACACAGUUGAGUGGAGCACCGUUGCCAGCUUGCAGGGAGCACCCGUAAAAUCCUCUAGUUUUGAGAUCAUGCCAACGCGUGGAGACAGCUACUUUGUCAGUGCAGGCACUGGCAAGUUACUCCCAGCCUCACUAUCCGAUCUUCUGAGCUCGUGGGCGGGGGUUGCCAUGGUGUUUGAGGCUGGUUAUAUCAGGGAUGUAAUGCGAUACAGCCGGUCGUACCCAUUGAGUAAUAGCCACCUGCAUAUCACUGGUGAAAAGACUUCUUCUCCUUGCACUGUUACACUCUCUUUUUCCGAAUCACAUACCCACACCAUAACUAUCCCAUCCGAAGCUCUGAAUACGUGGCCUGGGCGGAUCUUACGGUGGGAAAACAAAAGGCAAUCUUCCGGGGGGGAGUGCACAUGUGAUUGGAAGCUUCCGGGUUUUAUUUCCGUUCUCGCCUUUAUCCCUGCUGUAGAAAGCCAUACUGGGAAGCUUGUCGUGCGGCUGGAUGCUUCUACUUCACAAAAUAGGCGAAUCCUUGAGUACGCAGUUACUUUAGGCACGGCAGCAAGCGAAGUGAUUCUGGUUUUGAGAGAUAGGAAAUUACGGAAGAGAACGAGCACCCUAGCGAUGCGAGAAAAUGCAGAACCCAACAAAAUAACCGACAGAUCUCAAGAUCGAGAUGACGACCAAACCACGGCCCAUGUUCCACAGACCGAAAUAGGGAGGAAAAGGCGAACCGAAGUUCGCCAACGUCUGAGGCUCUACUGCUGUACAAACAACCAAACGCGCGCAGUCCCGGCGACGCUUAGCCAAGCUAUCGAGAUCGAUGAAGACCCGGAAACAGAAACCGACUCUGUGCUCGAGAUGUUGCCUUAUUCUAAACUGAAGCAGGAGUGGAGAGAGCAACAACAAAAACGGCAGACCUGGGUUAAUCGAGCCAUCAAGUGCUGCAACUGCGAAGUAACUGGCUCGGCGGUCAACAAAUGCGCAUGUGAGCAUGAAUUUUGUCUUGUGGAGAUGGAGCCCAAUUCCCUCGGCGCGAGACAGUCAACCACAUGUUCAACCCACCAGCGAAGAUAUCGCGAUAGAAAUUUCACUGGUUGUUUGACCUGCAAGGCAAGGCAUGUCAAAUGUGAUGAAGCAGCACCUGCCUGUCGCAACUGCAUAAAAAGGGGUUUGCACUGCGAUGGCGCCCAGAAUGAAAUACUCUUCAAAUUCUUCGACCCCAGCCAGGCGUCGUCCGGUUUUGUAAAGAGACAGCAUAAAGCUUUUAGAAGGGAAACGGCCAAAAACCACGGUGUCUCCAGCUCACACCCAUUGCCAUAUAAGGACCCAACUUCCCCCUGUCUACGUUCCGUGGAUUUACAAAGUGGGACCCACGCUUCCACGGAAUCUCUUGCCAUGGACAACCCCACCACUGGUGACGGCAAGCCCCCGUUUCAAUCUACUCCCAAUGAUGAGGCUCGCGAUCUCCAGUCCCAUUCAUCCAGCUAUAACCCGUACUCGAUUGAUGAAGCUAAUUGCUACUCAGACUAUUCUGAUAUCCGUGGUGAUAUAUGUCGCGGCGAUGAAAAUGCACCCUUGGCUUUCAUUGUUUUCAUCUCAGAGCCUGUACUUCAAGAGCGGCUGGAGUAUCUGAAGGCUCAUACUUCAGAGCUGCACAAGCAACGCAGUGUUUUUCGCACAUUCUCCGAGCUUAGAGUUGAUGGACCUCUGGCAUUACCAUACGCGCUCUGUCUGGUAAAGACUCUCCGACAACACGCAGGGCAGCAAUUGUUGAUGAACAGAUUGAAUGAUACCAUCCUCUUCCUCUCCACACGAUUGAGAGGGCUGCUGUCAACACAUCUGUUAUAUACUCAUCGAGAUCGCAUAAGUCGUGCAUCACUUCUACUUCAACGACCGGUGUUCUACAAGCGUUCAGACUUGCCAGGAAAUAUCUGGCAAGAGAGCACUGUUUUGGAUUUCAGCCUGGAUGGCCUAACUGUGACAUUGCACCUUAGUAAUUAUCGCGUUCUCAAAGUGUCUGAUGAGCUUUGGAAGGGGUUCAACUCCUUGGCUUCGGGUAUUGCUGAUCCGGCCGUGAUGUUUGGCGUUGGCUAA